GGUAGUGAUGCGGGGAAGCGUGGCCGUGGCAACUAUAGUGACGGUGCUAGACGUGGUGAUGAUGGCAAUGAUGGUGACGAUGGUCAUAAUAGUGAUAAUGGUGAUGAUGGUCAUAAUGAUGAUCAUGGUGAUAAUGGUGAUGAUGGUGAUGAUGGUCAUAAUGAUGAUGAUGGUGAUAACAAGGAUGAUGGCGAUGAUGGUGAAGAUGGUGAUGAUGGUGAUGAUGGUGAUGAUGGUGAUGAUGGUGGUCGCGCUGAUGACGGUGAUGGCGGCGAUUGUAGUGGCAGUGGUAGCGACAGCGCCAAUGGCAAAGGCAGGGUUGCCACACCCAAGCAGAUUAAGGAGUUGAUGAAAGUCGAAGACUUGACUAACGAUG